AUGGUGAAUAAGCCUAUCCCGAUCCCCCCUGCACCUGCACCAGCCCCGACCGGCAUCCUUAAGCUCGAGGGAGAGAAGAUUGUUGACAAGAAUGGCCACUCAGUCAUUCUGAGGGGAGCCGCUAUUGGUGGUUGGAUGAACAUGGAGAACUUCAUCACUGGUUAUCCUGGCCAUGAGACCGGGAUGCGUGAAGCGCUGCUGGAGGUGCUUGGUCAAGACAAGUACGACUUCUUCUUUGAUCGCUUCCUCGAGUACUUCUUUGAUGAGAAGGAUGCCCAGUUCUUCGCUUCUCUGGGACUCAACUGUCUUCGCGUGCCAUUCAACUACCGCCACUUUGAGGAUGAUAUGAACCCAAGCGUACUUAAGGAGCGAGGAUUCCAGUGGCUGGAUCGCAUCGUUAAUAUCUGCGGAAAGUACGGGAUCUACACUAUUCUGGAUCUGCAUGCGGCGCCGGGUGGGCAGAGCACUGGAUGGCAUUGCGACUCCGGUCUUACCCGCGCCCUGUUCUGGGAGCACAUUGACUUCCAGACCCGUGCAAUCAAACUCUGGGAGGCGCUUGCCGCGCGUUACAAGGACAAUACGUGGGUGGCUGGUUACAACCCUCUUAACGAGCCCGCCGACAGCCAGAAAGCUCAACGCUUGCUGGCUUGGUACGACCGAGUGAACAAGGCGAUCCUGGCGAUCGAUCCGAACCACAUCCAAUUCUAUGACGGCAACACGUAUGCCGCUGACUUCAGCGACUUCAUGGGCCGCCCGCCGAUGCCCAACAGUGUGUACGCGAUCCACGAUUACGCUGGCUACGGUUUCCCAGCAUCGCACGAACUAUACACGGGAAGUGCUGAGCAGAAGCACUUCCUCGAGAAACAAUUUGCGCGCAAAAUCGCGUACAACGAGGAGAUCAAAGGGCAUAUCUGGAACGGAGAGUUCGGUCCUGUGUAUGCGCGCGAAUGGGCCGACGGACCUCAAUGGGAGGAGAUCAACAAGAGUAGGUACAUGGUGCUCAGAGAUCAGCUCGCGCUGUACGACACAAAGAAGAUAUCGUGGAGCAUUUGGCUGUUCAAGGACAUUGGAUUCCAAGGGAUGGUUUAUGCCUCUCCCGACUCCCCCUAUGUCAAGACCCUCCAACCAUUCAUUGAAAAGAAGAAGAAACUUGCCGCAGACGCAUGGGGAGUCGAUCUGACCGACGUUAAGGAGGUCUUCGAACCCAUGGAACAUUGGCUUGAGCAGAACGGCCCGGCGAUCCGAAAGCGCUACCCACCCACGUGGAACCCGGGGCGUCAUCUCGGUCGCCCAGUCCGCAAUAUCCUUCUGUCCGAAAGCCUUUACCCGGAAUAUGCCGCCUACUUCAAGGAUCUCAGCGAGGCUGAACUCGAGGCUUUCGCCGCGAGCUUCAAGUUUGAGAACUGCGUUCAGCGCGAGGGACUGAAUGCGGUGCUUCGGGAGCAUGCAGCUAUUAAGCAGUAGCUUUCGCGCAAGUUCCUGUAUCCUGACGUACUGUACU